AUGUCUACUGAAAAAGACAAGCGCAUCGCGCAUAUUGUCCAGAAGGGCAAAACUGUAGAAAGACAGAUUCAAGCUCUUAGGGACUUUCUUGCUGGUGAUUCGCCAGAUCCAACAAACGCAAAGCUUCGUUCGACAAAUCUGUCUUCAUUAUUUAAUGAGUAUAGUCGAAAUAUCGACGAACUUGCUAAUCUUCAAUCUGAUCAUCCUCAAAUUGCCGCUCUUCCAGAGGUAGAAAACAAUUAUUAUCAGGUUGUUAGUGCUGUUAGAAAAUUACAGGGUGCAGAGCCAAGUGCACAGUCUACUCUUUUGAACACCAGUAAUCUGACUUUCACUGAGCAAAACGAUUUGCCAAAGCUUCCCGAAAUCAGAGUUGCUACUUUCAGCGGAGACCAAAAUGAGUGGGUUGCUUGGAAACACAGUUUCGUGGCUCUUGUUCAUGAACGUCCAAACACAAGUAAUUUCGUGAAACAUUCUCUGUUGAUUGGUUAUCUUUCUGGUUUAGCUAAGGGCAUCAUCAAGCACUUGCCUCCCAGCGAAGCAAACUACUCAAUUGUGUGGAAAGAAUUGUGCAACGCUUUUGAUCAAAAGCGCAUUGUCAUCAAUGAGCACAUCGAUGCUAUUUUGACUUUGCCUAAACUUUUCGAAGCAAAGGAAGAUAGUCUCUCGAACCUGUUGAGUUUAGCUCGUCAGCAUGUCAACAUGCUGAAACAAUUAGACAUCGUUGUCAAUGAGGAAUUCAUGAUUAGAAUUCUCGAGAGAUGUUUGCCUACAAGUGUGGUCUCAAGAUGGCAAGAUCGUCUUGUAGCAAACAAACUUCCAAAACUGGAUGAGCUGUUCAGUUUUAUACAAAAUACGAUUUUCAGUCUUCAUCAACUGGGAACACUCCCAUCUUCCUCUAGGAAAAGACCUGCUGAUAAGAGCAAUCAUGCGAAGAGUAAAGUCGCAAAGCAUGAGGCUCGUUCUCUUGUUACUACUACUGCUGAUGAUAAGAAACAUUCUAAAAAGUCAUCCCCCAAGUGUAACGAAGCACAUCAUCUUUUUGUAUGUCCUAUUUUCAGAGAUAAAAUGCAACAUCAAGAAAAACGGACUUUCGUAAAUCAAAAUAAACUCUGUCGCAAUUGCCUUUAUGCCCAUACCUUUCCUUACAAAAGCGACAAACGCUGCAAAACUUGUGGAAAGGCUCAUCAUACAUUGCUUCAUGCAGACAAAGGGUCCAAGUCAUCGGACAAUACGAGUAAUGGAGCAAAUGCCUCUUCAAGCAGCACUCCGCAAUCAUGA